AUGGGUGCCGUGGUCUCCUGCAUCCAAAGCGUCUUCCGCGCCAUAGGCAGUUGCCUCAUGGCCAUCGUCAAUGCCAUUGGCUCUGUCUGUCACGCCAUUAUCAGCGGCGUGGUCACAGUGAUCGAUGUGAUAAUCUCCUGUCUGACCUGCGGAUACUGUGGGAACCGCCGGCGGGGGCGGGGGCGUCGAUCAAGAGUCUGA